CACACGGCGUGGUACCCUCGUCGAGCCAUGCCAAGCAGUUCGGUCGUUCCUAAUGCUACACUUAUUACCAUUGCCUAUGAUUUGGUCGAGCCUUUGUUGAACCCGACAGCCUUACCAGAGGACAGAGCCUUGGACACGUUUCGCCUGGCAGAAAAUAUCCUUCACGAGACAGCGGUAGGCUACAUUCUAGCUUAUUAUUGGCAGUCAAUUAACUAAAACAACACGCUAUGUGCCAUCACAUGACAAGAAAGAGUACAGAUGCUCAUGAUUGGGCUUGGGUUAAGCCUUACUUUGAGAAUGAGCCUAUUCCAAAACUGCAAGUCAACUGACAUUCAUGUUUGAUCGAGGAGCUAAUCAACAGGUAGUGGAUUCUCUGCAACAAAUCAGGUAUGUCUAUGAAUUUAACCCCUUUCAGCACCGUCAUGCUGGUAAACAUUGAUACUUUGUAGGUUUUUGGUGGCAUCGCGGCAUCAGUUGUUACGCUUGAUAUAUUAGGAGCCUCAUCCGGGGGCCUCAUCUUGUAAUCAAGUCUACUAGUCUCCUAAUAUUCUACAUGACCUAAAUCUGACAUCACUGUAGCUAUAACUGGCCCACUUACAAACAUGAGCACUACUCUCAAGCACCCGUACUUUCUCCGAGCAAGCAGAAGGAUUGGGAGAAUAUAAUAUAUUAUCCGAUUCAUGUUUCUUAUUUUAUGAGCCUCCAAUCUCGAGAAUUUUGGGACGUUUACGUGAGAAAGUAUGGCUCCAAGGCCGCCCAUGCGGGCCCCAAGAUAAUUGGUAUAUGCCAACCAAAAUCAAAUCCUGAUGGGCCAAGGACAAAUAUCCGUCUCAUACACACGAUUCCCGCUUCUGAUAGAAAGAAUCCUGGGCGCUUUUCACGAACAAAAACCAAAAUCGCUCAUUCGUUUGAUGUCGAAAAACGAAGAAUGAUUGCAAUAAUUUCAGAAGCAGCAAAGGGUGUCAAGCCAGAAGUGAUGGAACCAGUUCUAGCUAGUGGAGAAUAUGGUGGUCAAACAUUCAUAAGUCCUGGCACUAGAGCUGAUCCCGUACAAAUGGAUUGUCCCAGAUUCGAUGAGAUCAGAUGGUAUCUGGAAACAAACAAAUUUGCACUUGCUAUACAUACCAUGGAUUUCAACAUGCCUGCACAUCUGUUCAAAAGCUAUAUCGAUCGUCAUGGAGGGAUUAACCUCACAAAUGUAAAAUAGAAAACCUUUCUUCUCGUGGCAAACACAAGAAAUGAACUGUUCUA